AGGUUCUAACCUGACAGUCUCCUUUGUGUAGUCUACAGCUUCAAAUUGAUGGGGUUUAUUGGCUAGAGGGGCUGCAGGGAUAUGCAAUGAAUUGUUGGAUGUGCAUGCAUAAUCUGCAGCAUAUGAUUAUUGAUAGGCUAAAUUACGAAUGUGCAAUAGUUUAUAAAACGCAGAUAAACCAGCCUUGCAUUCACGAACCAUGCGAACUUGGAUCCAUUUCUCUCUGCAGGUUCUUUCGCGCAUGCUCUCCAUGACUGGUUUAUUGAAUUCUGUAUAAGACGAGUCAGGGGACCGAGCCCGUUUGCUCACAUUAGCCAUUGAAGAUGGAUCCAUUCAAGGAGCAUCAUGCUGUCAUAUAACGGAUACGGCUGAACAUUUUAGAGGGCGAACAAGACCGUGUUUUGCCGUGUUUUCCCCUCUAGUAACCCUCUUGCAUUAAACGGUUGGAUCCAGCAAUGGCAGAUCAGGAUCUCCACACAUUUACCUCCCUCAUGGAUGCUCUGGUUCGCGUCAGCUCCAACAUGAAGAGUAUGGAGCGGGAGCUACGCUGCCCAGUGUGCGAUGAGAUGGUCAAGCAGCCCAUCGUGUUGCCGUGCCUGCACAGCGUGUGUGUGCUGUGCGCGGCUGAGGUGCUGGUGCAGCGAGGCUACCCACCGCCUGACCUGCCCCCAGAGCCCAACACCCCCACCUCCAGCCCCCACACGCGCUCCCCACGCCACGCACGACGGCCCCCGCCUAAGAGUGGCCUGGACCGCGUCCUCAAAACAGUCUGUGGCUCGUACCCUGGUCGCAGACGUAAGGACACUCCCCCGCUGCUGAUGCUGUUUCCGUGCCCGCUGUGUAAGAAGGACGUGGAGCUGGGCGAGAAAGGCCUGAUCGACUGCCUCCGAAACCUCACACUGGAGCGCAUAGUAGAGAGAUACAGGCAUUCGGUGAGCAUUGGCAGCAUGGCGGUCAUGUGCCAGUUCUGUAAGCCGCCUCAGCCGCUGGAGGCCAGCAAGGGCUGUGCGGACUGCAAAGCCAACUUCUGCAACGAGUGCUUCAAGCUGUACCACCCGUGGGGCACGCCCCGCGCCACGCACGAGCACAUCCUGCCCACACACAACUUCAGGCCCAAGGUGCUGGUGUGUCCGGAACAUGAGCAGGAGAGGCUGCAGUUCUACUGUCGCGUGUGCCAGCGCCUCCUCUGUUCACUCUGCAAACUGCGCCGCGUCCACUCUGGUCACAAGGUCCUGCCUAUCGCCCAGGCAUACCAGACCUUGAAGGAGAAGAUCACCAAGGAGAUGAACUUGGUCUUGGCCAAUCAAGAAACAGUUCAGGCGCAGAUUGGCCAAUUGGAAGGCGCCAUCACUCAGAUGGAGCUGAACAGCAGUGUGGCUCAGGAGAAGCUGCUGGCCUGCGUGGAGCAGGUGCGGGCAGCUCUGUCGGAGCGGCAGACGUCUCUGGCCUCAGCGCUGGAGGGCUCGCGGGCGCGGAGGGCAGAUGCGCUGGACGCCCAGCUGCAGGAGAAACGCAGCCUGCUGGAGGACGCCGGCCUGGUCACCUACACACACGAGCUGCUCAAGGAGACCGACCAGCCCUGCUUCGUCCAGGCCGCCCGUGUCACACACUACAGGCUGGUCAAGGCCAUAGAGCACCUGCAGAAUUUCUCUCUCUCCGCUGAUCCCUCGUUCAGACACUUCCAGAUGGACGGAUCUCGGGAGCUCAAAGAGAUCAGCAGCAUGGAGUUUAUACGAGCUCCAUUGGCUCCUGUGAUCGACACUCAGAAGACGCUGGCCUAUGACCAGCUGUAUCUUUGCUGGCGCCUCCCACAAGACUCCGCCCCUGCCUGGCACUACUCGGUGGAGUACCAGAGGAGAGUGGGCGGAGCCGGGUCGGUUUGGGGCGGGGUCAGGACUGAGGGGAAAGGGCCCAACUCCACCGGCGGUUGGCUGAGGAUGGACGACGUGAGCGGGAUGUGUGCGGUGAUUGACAGGCUGGAGAUGGACAGCGUGUACGUGCUGAGGGUGAGAGGCUGCAACAAGGCGGGCUUCGGGGACUACAGCGAGGAGGUGUACCUGCACACUCCACCUGCGCCAGUGCUGGCGUUUAGUCUGGACUCUCGCUGGGGCCUGCAUGCAGACAGGCUGGCGCUGGGGAAGGGGCAGACGUACGCACGCAGCGUCCCCGGACUGGCCCUCCUGCAGGCGGCCGACCGCACCCUCACUUCCUGUCACCUGACCUCCGACCUGCUGGUGGCCGACCUGUCAAUCGCCCAGGGCCGCCACUACUGGGCAUGCUCCGUGGAGCCUGGCUCCUAUCUGGUCAAGGUGGGGGUUGGACUAGAAGCAAAACUGCAGGAAUGGUUCCAUCUGCCACAAGACAUGGCCAGUCCACGAUAUGACCCAGAUAGUGGUCAUGACAGCGGGGCCGAAGAUGCCCAGGACAGCCCCCCUCCAUUCUGCUUCCUCACCAUGGGCAUGGGCAAGAUCCUUCUGCCCCACCAGGGGGUAACUCACCCCUCCGGCCACCCCCUGACUAUCCCUCUGCCCCCACGCCUCGGGUUGUGUCUGGACUUUGACAAGGGCCGCGUCACCUUCUACGACGCCCACUCCCUGCGCAUGCUGUGGGAGGGGCCUGUGGACUGCUCCGCCCCCGUCUGCCCAGCCUUCUGUUUCAUUGGUGGAGGGGCGCUGCAGCUGCAGGAGCUCGUGGCCAAUCGCAGCAUCGAGCAGACCCCACCCAGGAGAGUGACCAUCCAAACACGUGCCACCAAUCUCUGCAAUUGACAUGACGGGUCGCAUGUUCAACCAAUCGGAUGUUAGGAUGGUUCUCAAUGUUAAGCACCUUUGAAAUACUCUUCUUAUACCGUCCAUUAAUUUAUUGAUUUAUCUUCUAUUUAUUUUGCCUACCUGGGAUGCUUUGUAUUAAGGUUUGUGUAAACAUUCUGAACUAACCAAAUUUUUUAACAGUAUACUAUCUUUGCAUCACUACUAAUGGUGGAUCUCGGCAAAUCAUUUUCUCAUGUUGACGUCAUCUGCUCACAGGAAGUUCCAAAAUUGUAAGCUGUACAAAAAUAUGCUCCAAUUAUCAAAUGCAUGCAUGUCUGGACAUCCUGAAUGUGACUAAAGUUCUGUACCUCAACGCCUUCUAACCCCAGUAUGACAACAAUAGGGCAAUGAACUCUUGAGCCUGUGAUUUGCAGUGAUCUACCGCAAAAUAAUAAUACUUAAAAGCUGUUAGACAAGUUAGAUGGACAGGUUUUGGAAGGUCAAGAUUUGACCUGGUGACCUUUUGGAAUGUUUUGUCCCUUGGGAAUGUACCCACUGGCACAUCCAUAAUAUGUUGUCAUCUUCUGUGUGUGUGUGUGUGUGUGUUUGUGUGUGUGACUGAAAUCUUGCUGUAGUAGUUGGAAGUGUCAUAACAUUGUUUGUAAAAUCAUUUGCUGUCUGCAUGUAUAGCACCUGGAAGUUCGAAUUCUCUGACGUAAAGUUUAUCUCCAGCAAUGUCAAGGGUAAUGGCAUACAGUAUGUGUUUGUAUCUGUGCGUGUAUGUGUGUGUGUCCAGUCCACACACACACACACACACACACAUUUUUCUUCACCAGCAGGAUAAGUCAUGGCAGUGUGUCUGGACAGCAGUGACGUUUGCAGGUUUAGAACUGGUCAACAAAGUAUGUCCCCUUUGCACAGACUUUCCACCAGUACAGUGAAUCAGGGCGAAACCUUAUAAGAGCUUAUCAAACGCCAACAGCAACCCCUCCACUUUCACAGCUCUCUCCUUCCCUCUCGUAUAGCCUCCGUACCUCUCAUACAGCCUCACUGACUCAAUUCAGAGGCCGUGGCCUCACCAGCCUCCACUGAGUGUGAGGCAGCUGUCGAGGUGGCAGACAGGCCAUUCUCGCUAAUCAACUUCCUGGAUAUAGGCAUACAUUGAACCACAUUACAUGUCAUUUGCACAUUAAUUACGGAUAUAGGCAUACAU